GGUCAGCUGCCCACGCUCUGCGAGGGGCCGCGGGUGGUGGCAGGUGGUUGGGAGCCCCGCUCAGCCGGCUCCCGCUCCGCCGCCAACCCGGCCCGCGCGCCGCUCCUCCCACCUGUCGCCGCCGCGACUGCUCCGCGGGAGCGGGCUGAGCGGGGCUGCGCGUGUCGCGAGGAACCCUGGGCCCAGUGUGCCCACCCACCCGGAGCCCCUCUCCCAGCCUCUCUGCUGGACUGUCACAGCUUGACGGGUGGGGUGGACACCCCGCCGCGACCCCCGCCUGGCACUCCACCCAGCGCCUCGAAGAAGUCUGCAGGCAGCGCCCCGACUGACCGCAAGCGCUUCCUGGCCACCCUGCGCUCAGGGGUCAGCCCAGUCAGACUACAGGGCAGUGUCCAGACACCGACUCAGCAGACACAACAUCUUUGUUUAUAAGUGGUGCUGAGGAUCAAACCCAGGCCGCACACAUGCCAGGAUCAUCGUGAGCUCGCCCCUGGCUGGAGGGAUCUUGAUGCGUGCCAGGCGUGCUCAGGCCGAUGCCGCCCACAAAGAAAAAGAAGAGCAAGGGACCUGUGGCUCCCGCGCCCGCCGGCCGUGCCCAGGGCCGGUUGCCAGGCCUACCGUCACCCGCGCUGUGCUGCGCCUGCGGUCUGUGCGUGCUGCUGGCGGGUGUGAACGUGACGCUAGUGGGUGCGUUCGCCUCCUUCCUGUCAGGCCACAAUGUGCCACUGAUCGUAGGGCCGGCGCUGCUAGUGCUGGCGCUCGGUUUUUUCGCAGCCUGCUGCGUGUGUAGCCGCCGGGGCCCUGCGCUCCGUACGCGCUCCUUGGAAGCGGCGGCCCGGGGCCAGAAUGGCGGGCGCGCGGGGCCGGUGGCGCUGGAGAUGGAAAGCAGCGAGCGCACGGCGCAGGACACCACGGCCGUACAGCUCAGCCCCGCUGCCUCGGCCGCGUCCUCUGGCCGCUCCAGCCCGGUCCCGGGCCCCGGCCUCUUCAGCCUGGACGCGCCCGCGCCCACAGCAGUUUGUGUGCCGCGCCCCGAAGGGUCGCAGCUCAACCUGCCCCGGGAGCUGUCCGCCUCCUAGCGGACUAAGACCUCUGUCCAUUCCCCUGUCUGGGUUCCCUCCAUCCUGUGUCACUUAAACAAAAACUAGAAGAGGGGGGGCUUUAAUUUUUUUCUCCAUAAGGAACCAGUCCUGGGCACAGGUGGCCUCACCUGUCUCAUUUCUGAACUUCUGGAGGGAAGAAUGUGGUGAAGGUGUCAAGGCUCACAUCCUAAAGAAAUGAGCAGCCUUGGCCCCUUAGACGGGGUCUCUGUGCCCUAUCUCACCUCACUCUCAAGACUUGAUGAAGCUGGGCUCCUGGACCUUGGAAGCUGACCCCACCCACAGUAUUGGGCACUGUGGAAAAAGAAGCAUCAAGCGGCUCUGGCUACCAGCAAGGCCCCUGUCGCCAAGAAGGGAGGAACUCAGCCCUAACUUGCUCCAUCCCUUCACACUGUGAAAGUCCUCUAGGCCCUCCUCUGCCCCUCCCCUACCUCCUUGUCUCUACCCCAACUUGAUCUUUGGGAUUCAUUUGGGAGGAGAGAUUCUGACUUCAGCCAUGAAUGGGUAGAGCCGAGCAGAGCACUCCCUGACCCCCACAGUGUGAGUCCUGCCAAGGAUGAGUGCUGAGGGGGAUUCUCCAACCCUGAAGGUCCCAGUGAUCUUCACUGACAACAAUGCUGCCAUCUUCACUGUGCCACAUCUAUGUUCCCACUCCUCAAUAAAGCACCUUUGGAGUCAGUC